GGCCGUGAACGUGUCUUGUUCUCGGUGAAGGCGGGCUGCUCCGCCGGAGCUCCUCCUGUCUCUUUCUGGGUGGUUUUAUUUUUAGGGUCGCAGAGAAACCAGCAGAAAGCUGCUCACAGCACCGAGCUGACAGCAGGGGAAACACGCCGGACCCACCCGGGACAAGAGCGAGGGACGCGGUGAGAAGCAGCCGGGUAGCCCGAACUCCAACCAAAUCAUUUCCAGGGGGAUGGCGGUGCCGUACGAGGACCAGUCUUUCUCCUCUCUGAGGAGGCGGUGCCAGCAGACAGGAAGUCUGUUUGAAGACCCUCUGUUCCCCGCCUCCGACCGCUCUCUGUUCUACCAGAGAAACGACAUCGGCCAGGUGACCUGGAAAAGGCCCAAGGAGUUGAGCAGCGACCCUCAUCUGUUCGUGGACGGCAUCAGCGCUCACGACCUGCACCAGGGGCAGCUGGGAAACUGCUGGUUCGUCGCCGCCUGCUCCAGUCUGGCCUCCAGAGAGGCGCUGUGGCAGAAGGUGAUUCCUGACUGGAAGGAUCAGGAAUGGGACAAAGACAAGCCAGGCUCCUAUGCCGGAAUCUUCCACUUCCGCUUCUGGAGGUUUGGACAGUGGGUGGACGUGGUGAUCGAUGACCGGCUGCCCACGGUGCACGGACAGCUGGUGUACUGCCACUCCAACGACAGCAACGAGUUCUGGAGCGCGCUCGUGGAGAAGGCCUACGCCAAGAUGUGCGGGUGCUACGAAGCUCUGGAUGGGGGCAACACGGCCGACGCACUCGUGGAUUUCACCGGAGGCGUGUCUGAGCCGAUGGACCUGAUCGAGAACGGGUACAAAGCAGACGACGAGAAGCGAAACGAGCUGUUCGAGAGAGUCCUGAAGGUCCACAACAGAGGAGGCCUCAUCAGCUGCUCCAUCCGGGCGACCACCCAAGCGGACAUGGAGGCCAGGCUGGACUGCGGCCUGGUGAAGGGCCACGCCUACGCUGUGACGGACGUCCGCAGGGUGAGGCUGGGCCACGGCCUGCUGGCUUUCUUCAGGUCAGACAAACUCAGCAUGAUCCGCAUGAGGAACCCCUGGGGGAAGAGAGAAUGGAACGGGCCGUGGAGCGACAGCUCUGAAGAGUGGCAGAAGGUCAGUAAGAGUGAGAGGGAGAGGAUGGGCGUGACCGUGGAGGACGAUGGAGAGUUCUGGAUGACGUUUGAGGACUUCAUCGCCAACUUCACCGACCUCAUCCUGUGUCGUCUCAUCAACACAUCCUACCUGAGUCUCCACAAGACCUGGGAGGAGGCGGUGAUGCGGGGCUCGUGGCACCAUCAUGAUGACCCGCUGCUCAACCGAGCCGGAGGCUGCACCAACAACAAGCACUCCUUCCUCCAGAACCCGCAGUACGUGUUUGAUGUGAAGAAGCCGGAGGACGAGGUGCUGAUCUGUCUGCAGCAGAAAGACCGCAGGGCCACGCUGAGAGGGGGACGAGGAGAAAACCUGGCGAUUGGCUUCGACAUACACAAAGUGGAGUUAAACAGGACGUACCGUAUGCACGUGACCCAGCAGAAGGUUGGCGGCAGCAUCUACAUCAACUCGAGGUCCGUGUUCCUGCGCAUCGACCUCAAAGAGGGCCGCUACGUCAUCAUACCCACGACCUUCGACCCCAGGCUGGAGGGAGAGUUCCUGCUCCGCGUCUUCACCGACGUGCCGUCCGACUGCAGGGAGCUGACUCUGGACGAGCCUCCGCAGACCUGCUGGUCGGGGAUGUGUGGUUAUCCCACUCUGGUCACUCAGGUCCACAUACUGCAGGCCAACGGGCUCUCUGCGCAGGACUCAGAUGGAGUGUCGGAUCCUUACGUGAUCAUUCGCUGCGAAGGACAGAAGGUCCGCUCGGCCGUCUAUAAAGACACGUGCAGCCCCGUCUUCGACACCAAGGGGCUCUUCUACAGGAAGAAGGCCGACCGGCCGAUCAGCAUAGAGAUCUACAACCACAACGUGCUCAGGGACUCCUUCCUGGGUCAGGUGAUGCUGCCAGCUGAGCAGGGAAAAAUCCAGAAGACACUCCACUUGAAGGAUAAGGGCGAUCGCCAUGACAACGACCUCUCCGGCACCGUCACUGUUGCCAUAGCGACGAGCUCGGUGCUCACCAGCAUCUAAGAUUAGGAGCUGGGAGGGAAAGUUUCCAAAACUUCACAACUUUAUUUUUGUUUGUGUAAAAAAUUCAGCACGGCGGCGCGAUUAAUCAGUUUUACUUUUAAGGCGACCGCACCUGCAGCAGGGACACUGCAGAGGUCGUCAGAGGACGCCCAGAAACCUCUUACAGAGCGCCUGUUCUGCACGUAUCCACAGACUGUAUGUAAAAAAUGGAAGCAGCUAAUGAAGUUUCUCUGCAGGAUGUUUACGGCCUGCUUCAGACAGAGGAGGAGGAGCUUCUCUGCAGCUCGUCUGAGAGAUAAAAAACCUUCACCGUCACAGUACGAAGAAGCCGGUGCAGCCGGGCUCUCUUUCCUCAGUCCUCCUUCACGCCUUUCCUUCAUUCGCCUCCUUCACACCUUUCCUUCAUUCGCCUCCUUCAGGAAGACACAGGAGGGAAUUUUUGGGCUAUUUAACAGCAACAAAGAGUCCAAAUCCCCACACUGAAAGAGUUCAGCUCAAGUAUUCAGAAACCAGUGGAUGAUGUCACUGUGGCUGCAUCCAUCUUUCAUAUACAGUCUGUGGAAUAUCUGAAUAUCCUGAAAAUAUCAAAGUUUGAUUAUAAAGAUCGUUUACACGUUCCCGGGUUUCUCUUUUUUCCCCAGCUUUAUCGUUCUGUCAGCAGCUUCUGUAUCUACAGUUUAAUGUCUUUAUCUGUUUUUACUUUUAUUUUUCGUUACCCUUUUUAAACUCUGGGCAGUCACUCGUGCAGCUAACACUGUUUACAUGUCACCUUACAGAGGACUCCAUGUUUGUUAUGUCAGAAACAUGCCAAAGAGUUUGUAAGGACUGCCACUUCACUGUUGUUUGUUUUUUACCACAGAACUGUGUUCAUCUCUAUGCUCACUGUCCACUUCAUUAGGAACACCUCCUUAGUUACCGUGACCCUGAGUGACCCUUUCCUGAGUGGUUAAGCCGAUGGAUGGAUGGAUGGAUGGAUGAGCUCAGCUCAGUGUGUGAGGGGUCCUUAUUAAGGUGCUCAGUGAGUGUGGGUCACUGAGCACCACUGAAAUCACCACUUUGCCUCGUUGUUGUAGACUUGUGUGUAAGCCUGUGGCAUUAGUUGUGGUGCAGCUGAUCCCUGUGGAUGUGCCGUCGCCCUCAGACUGAGCUGUGUGCUCAGCUCAUCUCUAACAGGAAGUUCACCAUCCUGCGGAGAACAGCACCUGGAUGUAAGACAGGUCUGAAAGGUGAACCUGCAUUCUUCCUAAUGGUCAGCAGAGGGCAGAGCCUCCUCUGUAUUCAGUGUGUGAAGGAAACGCUUUCUGAUGACUUUAUGGUGCCAAUUAUUAGCUUAACGUCUUUCUGAAUACAACAUGAUGUUUAUUUAAUGAGUUGUGGUCAGAUUUAGACCCAAAAGCACAAACACAGCAUGCAGGUGUGCAGCAGGAAUCAGAAUCAUGAUUAUUUGGCCUGAACUCUUAUUGAUCAUGAUUGGGAUCUUGUGGUGUUGUUGUGUAACUGUUCCUUUUGUCCACCUCCCUGCUCCCUCAGUUUGGGUGUAGUUCAUGUGCCAAAGAAAAAAAACAUUAAAAACAGAAAAACUAUUACAGUUAUUGAAGUUUUCUACAUUUUCUAUUUAGUGUCAUUAUUGAGAAUGCAAAUCUGAUGAAGGUGGUCCUAAAAGAUGUUGAGGUGGAGGUGAUGGGGGUCACCUGAGGAGGCUCUGACUCCGUCCUUUGAAGCAAAACUUUUACUUCUGGAUGGAUCGUGUUGACCGUCGGCUGUUCCAUCAUCUCGCAGUAAUCUGAGCUUUUAUGGAGCGUACCACUGUAAGGGACGGGGGGUGUUACAUUUAUAAGGAGAGCUUUGUAGACGGCCCGAUGACCUGGUUUCACAAUCGACACUGAAAUUCAGUUCUGUGUGACGUAUCCUGUUUCUCACGCGUGUUCAUGCUGUGAAAUUAAAGUGGACCAACAAACGAUGGCAGAAACUUCAUCUUCUCUUUGCUUCUGUCAGUGCUGCAGUUUGUGAUGUUUGCCUUAAAUCUGGACUCUGAAGUAUAUUCAGCCUAUCACUGAACGUCCUUUUAAAGCAGAAAUAAAGUUCACGUCUUUUUAAAAACUC